CUGUGGAGUCUGCUAGCAUAUAUGGGAAUAUUGUUUUGGAGACAAGGCAACUUUUGGAGAGUUCUCGCUCUUGGAGAAUUUCUAAUGUAACACGAGAGGGGAAUAUGGCUGCUUACUUGUUGGAUAAGUUUAUUGUAUCUCACCGGUCCCGGUGUGUGUGGUUUAAUGUUUGUUCCAGUGUGUUGGUGAAUGUUGUAAAUGCGGAUCGAAUUUAAUGGAAAGCUACAUUUUCCUCUAAAAAAAAAAAAAAGAAGUGGCCGGGGGACUUUAAGAGAUGCGAACAGCGAAGCGCAGAGAAGAAGCUCCAUAUGGAGAACCCAAGAGCAAAGUACGGCAGUGCGCAGCAAAGGAAGGGCCGUGGGCGUGGAGUGGUUCUUUUCCCACUGCCUCUUCAAGGCCACAUAAACCCUAUGCUUCAGCUUGCAAACAUCCUCUACUCCAAAGGCUUUUCCAUCACCAUAAUUCACACCCACUUCAAUUCCCCCAACUCUUCCAACUACCCCUCCUUCACCUUCUAUUCAAUCCCCGACGGCUUGUCGGAGAGUGAAGCGUCCACUGCAGAUGUCAUAGAGCUCGUCACACUCCUUAAUGUCAACUGUGUCACGCCCUUCCGGGAUUGCCUGGCUAAGUUGUUGUCCGUUCCUCUCGAGGAACCCAUUGCUUGCAUAAUUACUGAUACCGUCUGGCACUUCACCCAAGCUGUUGCCGACAGCUUUAAUCUCCCCAGGAUCGUGUUACGCACUAGUAAUGUCGCUUCAUUUCUUGGUUUCGCCUGCUUUCCAUUUCUGCGGGAAAUGGGUUACCUCCCCAUACAAGAGUCUCAAUUAGAAGCAGCUGUACCAAAUCUUCCACCACUUAAAGUCAAAGACAUUCCGUUGAUUGACACGAGAAAUCAGGAGGACUUGUACGGACUAAUAUCCAGCAUGGUAAAAGAAAUCAAGGGCUCCUCAGGGCUUAUAUGGAACUCAGUUGAAGAGCUUGAGCAAUCUGAACUGAUCACAGUCGGCCAGGAUUUUGCCAUCCCAGUGUAUCCAAUAGGCCCAUUUCACAGCUACUUUCCAGCCUCAUCAAGUAGCUUACUAACACAAGACCAGAGUUGCCUUUCCUGGCUAAAUACACAAGCGCCAAAAUCCGUACUCUACGUGAGCUUUGGGAGUAUUGCGACACUCAGUGACACAGAGUUUACAGAGAUAGCUUGGGGGCUAGCAAGCAGCAACCAACCCUUCUUGUUGGUGGUCCGACCAGGGUUAGUCCGUGGGUCAGAAUGGCUUGAAACUUUGCCAAAUGGGUUCCUAGAGAUGAUGAAUGGGAGGGGCCACAUUGUCAAAUGGGCUCCACAGCAGGAAGUGCUGGCUCAUGCCGCCACCGGAGGAUUUUGGACUCACAAUGGGUGGAAUUCGACGUUGGAGAGUAUAUGUGAAGGGGUUCCCAUGAUUUGUUGGCCUUGUUUCGGUGACCAAAAGGUCAAUGCAAGAUACGUGAGCCAUGUUUGGAAAAUUGGGGUGCAUUUAGAGAAUAGGCUAGAGAGAGGGGCGAUAGAUAAAGCAAUUAGAAAGGUAAUGGUGGAGACUGAAGGCGAGGAGAUGAGAGACAGAAUUGUGCAUCUGAAGGAAAAGGUCCAUCUUUCUCUAAGGCAAGGGGGUUCUUCACAUCAAGCCCUAGAGAGCUUGAUUAGUUACAUAUCUUCCUUCUAGUCGUAUCAUAAUUAUUUAUUGAUCGAAUAAAUUGAUUGGUAUCUUUGAGCUUACUUUGAUCAAAAUACUUCAAUAUUCCAAAUAUAUAGAAGUAUCUGAUUCUACUU